AUGAAAGGAAAAAUCACUUCCACCGAUCCACCAUUCAAAGGAACUUCAUUUUUCUGUGAGAAGCAACGAUGCAAUCAAAACGCUAACAAACUUUAUCUCUACGACAAGCCAAUCGCCUUAUAUAGUUUUGACAACCCUAACGACUCGAUUCCCAUCAAAGCUUGGGGAACAGUAAUCCGCGAAUACUAUCCACAUCCAUCGCAAGACGACACCAGAAACACCAAAUUACAUUUCACAUGUGCAAGAGAGGGUUUAGACGUACGUUUGUCAACUACCAUCGAUACCAUGCAUCACUUCAUACUGCAUCUACGCUAA